AUGCCUCGCCCGCGGGUUCUCUCGUUCAUGUCCCAAUGGGGCGGCUCCCCCCGCGGGAGCACGCCUACCCGCGACCCUCCUUCCUCGCCCAAGACGCAGAUGCACUCGUCCUCGCCCUCCAGCCACAACCUCGACAACUUCGUCAAGUCGUCUCCCACACAGCAACAGCGCAAUCGCUCCGACUCGCGCCCUUCGUCGCGCCCCAUCUCCAUGGUCCAGACCUACCAGCCUCCGCUGAUGGAGGUCGCCCAAGACACGUUGCCCGAGCUGCAGCCCAUCUUCACCUUCUUGAACUCUCAUUCGAACAAGCUUUACCAGGAAGGCUACUUCCUGAAGCUCCACGACCUUGACGCUCGCGGCCGCCCCAGCCCCGACCGCAAUUGGACGGAAGUCUUUGCCCAGCUCGUGGGAACCGUACUUUCGGUCUGGGACGCACAGCGACUGGACGAAGCCGGCGAGGAUGGCGAGGUUGUGCCGACCUUUAUCAACCUGGCCGACGCCUCAAUCAAGAUGAUCGAAUCGCUACCUAUGAACGGCCCGGGUACCCACACCCUCACCAACGUCUUGAGCGUCUCGACCGCGGCAAAUAACCGCUACCUCUUCCACUUCAACUCCGUGAACUCUCUUACGCAGUGGACGGCUGGUAUCCGUCUCUCCAUGUUCGAGCACUCAAGUUUGCAGGAAGCAUAUACCGGAUCGCUUAUCGCCGGCAAGGGCCGGUUCCUGAACAACAUCCGCCAGAUCAUGGAGAAGACCAAGUUCAAGUAUGAAGACUGGGCACGCGUGCGAUUCGGCGCGGGCACCCCGUGGAGACGCUGUUGGUGCGUCAUCACUCCGCCGGACGAGAAGGAGGUCAACAAGAUCCAGAAGGCCCUGAAAAAACAAACCAUCUACGACCGCUCGCAACCGGUGCUGAAAGGUGACGUCAAAUUCUACGAGACGAGGAAAGUCAACAAGAAGACGCGGCCAAUCGCUACUAUCACGGAUGCAUACUCAGCCUACGCUAUUUAUCCACAGUCGAAGCCCCUCAUUGAUCAGUCGACGUUGGUCAAGGUCGAGGGUCGCAUCACUAUCCACUCCCGGCCUGAGUCCACCACCGAGGGGUUCGUUUUCGUCAUGCCCGAGGCGCACCCCGCAGUCUCAGGCUUCGAGAUCAUGCUCCGUUUCCUUUUCCCUGUGUUCGAUACUUUUGGAAUCUACGGCAGACCGACACGUCUGGUGGCUGAUCCUCUGGAUUCCCGCUCCCUAAUGUUUGCUAUGCCUAAGGACCGAAGAUAUGGAUACUUGGAUAUCUUGGAUGUGGCUAGCCUCAUCCAUGCAGAUGGCAGCCAGAACUGGUCCGAACGACAGUGGAGGAAGCAACUGAAGGACUUGACUUCCAAGCGGAUGACGUCCAUCCCCCCCGAUCGCCAGCGCAGCCGGCGGAACACCACAAGCCGGACCAGCUUGCCUCCUUCUCGCACGACAUCUAUUAGAUUCAACGAUGGCAGCUCUACUCACUCUCAACCUGGCACUCGCAACGUAUCGCCUGCAAGGGGUGGGGAAAUGGGCUUCCAGCCGCCCCGCCGGGCCGAGACUGCCUCUCCAGGCAGUCAAAUGAUGCGCCACCAGCGCUCAGUCUCCGAAAGGGUCGGAAAUUCGAGGCUGAUGCAUAGCCGCAAUGCCUCGGAGGAUCUCUAUGAUAAUGCGCCCCCACCGCCACCCCACCGCGUGGCACUUAAUGGUCUGAACCGCGAUAGUCCGGCAAGCGACGUUUCCUCGACGCACUCAUCCGGCCAUGAUCAAUUUGCGUCAGAGGGCGAAUCACCCCACGAUCUCCCCGAGAUCGGCGCUACCUCUGCUGCUAAGCCUCCCCCUACCCCUGUCCACUCGCCUCCUGAUUUCUCUCACGGGCCCAACCAAAAGCCGAGAACCCUACCCUACGAGGCCGAAGAGAUGCGCCGAGCCCAAUCUGGAAUCGAUGAGGCUACGCUUCAGGAGAUGGCUGAGGCCAGCAACAGGCCCAUUCCAGGUCAUCUUGCUGCUGCUGGAGCUGCGGCCGCGUGGAAGUCAAACCGCAAUAGCUGGGCAUCUCAAGGCCGUUUGAGUGACGAGAGAGAGCGCAACCAACAUCAAUAUUCUGAUGUUAGAAGGCAGUCGAUCGAAGAGAACCGUCAGUACUGGAAUGACCAACAGAACAAUCGUUUGCCUACGAUUCCUGCGUCUCCAUACAUCCCGCAAGGCGAACCUCAGUCUGCGACAAGCGCUACUUUCUCUCCCACCGGUCCUCCGGUCCCCGAGCACAGAGAGAUGCCUCAGGGCUACUUCGCCCACCAGGACGUAAUGGCUACUGCUGGCCAAUACGAGCACGGUUCACAAGGAUCACAGUCACCCGGUGGUCUUUCUGCUAGACAUAGCAUUCAGCGGAAGCCAGUUCCAGGUCGGUUAAGCACUCCCCUUUCGGCGGACAACCCCGCCAUUCCUAAGUCUCCUUCAAAUUCGAGUCUUGACAGUUUUCGAAAUGAUAUGAUUAAUCCUGACAUGAUUCUCAAUCAGCUGGCCGCUCAGGAUGAAGCUGAGCGCACGCAGACAAUGUCCAGCAGCGUCUAUGAUGACGAGUCUACUGGGACGCCCGACUACGCCAGCAUCAAGAGUGCGAGCACGAAACAGUCAAGACAGUCAGUUGAGAGACCUCGAGCCGGGCGGCUCAAGACUGUUGGUGACAUCGCCCCUCCGCCGCCAGAGCACGAAGAGGUCGUUGUCGGCGAUGCUCACUACAAAGAGGACGCAAAGCCGAUUGAAAAGAUGGAUCUUCCUACGAUUGACUUUGGUCCGACGUACGAUUUGACCAAGACGGACCCAACCUCCAUGCGCCCAGGGACCAGCGGCACGAUCACCCAGGAGACCCACCAGAGAUCAAAGUCCAAAGAUCGUUUGUCGGCUUCUGAUCUUUCGAACCCGCGCACUCCCCGGCCUGGGAGCGCAGGUGACAUGCUGCAGGAGGGCUACUUUGGAAGAAAUAGCCCAAACACUCCAGGACAUCACCGCGCGAACUCAAAGUCGCCGCAGUCAAACCAGGACGGCGAAGAAGGCCGCCGGAGCGCUCUCUGGCAGCCAUCUUCGGGCCGUCGCAGUGCAAGCCCGGGUUAUCGCCUCAGCCUGACGCCUGAAGAAUGGGUUCACCAGCGUGCGACGAGCGUGUCGCCAGUGUUUUCUCACGAACGCAACAAAUCCACUCCCAAUCUUCUUGGGCACGAUAGCAAGACUCCGUCGAUGAGCCGGAAUCCGUCCGGAGAAUGGUCCCAGCUACUUCCCCAUUACCAAAGGACACCGCCGAAGGAGCGCGAAGGCAACCGCGAUUCGCCGCGCCCCCAUUCGCGGAACGCGUCCACGAUGCUUAACGAGCGUGAUCAGCCCUCUCGUUAUCACUCGCGUGCGGCGUCAGCAGCUAUGCUGGAUGCUAUACACCCGCCUGCCCGUCCUAGUUCCCGCGGCGCCUCCGCGAUGUUGAAUGCACAGCCUGCUGGCCUUAUCAAUACCGCCGAGUCUGCGCAGCUCUCGGCUCGGGAGCAGGAGCAUGUGGCUCGCCUCACUGGCACGCCACUCAUCAACAUGGCGAAGUCCAAAACCCAAACUGAGUCCGACAAGCAGUCUGGCCUCGUUGGCGCUAUCGCGGCCCGACAGAAGGAGAAAGAGGACUUCAAGAAAGGCAGCCGCAGUGCCCUGGUGCAACAAGCCAUUGUGGCUCGUCAACACCAGGCUCAAGCCGAGGUUGCGCGUGCCGAGCGUGACGCCCAGCGCCGCGCUGAGCGUGAAAAUGUGCGGAUCCAGCAGGAACAGCAGGCCGCGAUGAUGCGUCAGCAACAGCAAAUGCAGAUGAUGCAGGCGCAGCAGAUGCAGCAGAACCAGAUGCAGAUGGGCAUGCAGGGCAUGCAAAUGCCCAUGCAGAACUACGGCAUGGCUAUGGCAACCCCUAGUCCGAGUGCGAACUUCCAGAUGCAGGGCAAUUAUUUUCCUCAGCAACAGCAGCAGCAGCAAGGGUACAUGGGCGGAAUGCCCAUGAUACAUCAGCAGCCCAGUCAGCAGAGCUUCACUCCGCAGCCCUACGGCGCUGCCUGGGAUCAGAAGCAGGCUGGCAGGGUCUCUAGGAGAGGCUAA